GGCGAACACCGGAUUCACGUGACAUCUUUACGUAAAAAGUCCUUUCCUGUAUCAAGUAUUAACUGCUACUAUGGCCGAGACUGAGGGAAUGGAUGGAUCUUCUCCUGAAGAAGAUGUGCCACUCUCUUUCCCCAAAUAUGACUUUAUUAUUCCAAAGAAAGAAAUCCACAUUGUUACAGACAUGGGGAAAUGGAAACGCUCCCAGGCUUAUGCUGAUUACAUGGGCUUUAUCCUGACAUUAAAUGAAAGUGUAAAGGGAAAAAAAAUGACGAGUGACUACAACGUUUCAAAGCCAAUUGAACAGCUAGUAGCACUUUUGAAUACUUUGGACAAGUGGAUUGAUGAAACUCCUCCAGUAGACCAGCCUUCUAGGUUUGGCAACAAAGCAUUCCGGACAUGGUAUGCUAAACUUGAGCAGGAAGCUGAGAACCUGGUUACUACGGUUGUCCCUGAAGAGCAAAAGGAAGCAGUUCCUGAAGUUGCUGUUUAUCUAAAAGAAGCAGUUGGAAAUUCCACUCGAAUAGACUAUGGAACCGGUCAUGAAGCAGCCUUCGCAGCAUUCUUGUGUUGCCUUUGUAAAAUUGGAGUAUUGAAGAUUAGUGACCAACUUGCAAUAGUAUUUAAGGUAUUUGAAAGGUACUUAGACUUGAUGAGAAAACUUCAGAAAACAUACCGUAUGGAGCCAGCAGGCAGCCAAGGAGUAUGGGGGCUGGAUGAUUUCCAGUUUCUUCCUUUUAUAUGGGGUAGUUCUCAACUUAAAGACCACCCAACCCUUGAACCUCGUCACUUUGUAGAUGAAAAAAUUGUAAAUGAGUAUUACAAAGACUAUAUGUUUCUGGAGUGUAUUAAGUUUAUUACUGAGAUGAAAACGGGUCCUUUUGCUGAACACUCCAACCAGUUGUGGAACAUCAGUGCUGUUCCUGCUUGGUCCAAAGUUAACCAAGGUCUCAUACGGAUGUACAAGGCUGAGUGCCUUGAGAAAUUCCCAGUAAUCCAGCAUUUCAAGUUUGGCAGCCUUCUACCCAUCCAGCCUGCUAAAUCUUAGAAGAUGCAUGAUGAAGUAAACAGCAAGACCCACAAGCAGACAGCUCAUGUUUCUUUGGAUUAGAUACCAACCACCAUCACUAUUACAUGAAUGAACCCAGUUUUCUAUUUUCAUUAAUAUGAUUGUUGUUAUUAUUAUUAUUUCUUUUAGCACUUUGUUAAAUUGUUUCAAGUAAACAUGUAGAUACAAUUAUUACUAGACUUUA